ACGUCUUGCUUUAAAAGAGACACCUAACGCGAAUAUUUCUUCUUUUCUUCUCUCAGCCCAUCCAACCUAAGCCCACCACCACCACCACUCUCAGUCUCUCACCACCACCCUCUCUUCCUCCACCAUUUCUCUUUCUCUCUCUCUCUGCAACUGAAAAACUAAAAAGGAAGUACAAAACAAAGAAGAAACAACAAGAAACUUCAAAUAAAAGGAAACCACAGAUUCUUCCAACUCCUCCACACGAUCUCUCCAUUCUUGUCUUAGCAACUGUUUAUCUUCUUCUUCUUCUUCUGGAAUUCUCUUCUUUUGGAUCUACUAUCACUUCAUCACUUACUGAAGAAAAACUGCAUUUCCCAUUCAGAUUUUCAGGCCAUAGCUAUAUAAAAUGGACCGUCGUAGUUGGCCGUGGAAGAAGAAAUCAUCUGAAAAGGCAGCGGAUAAGGUAGCUGAAAAGGCAGCAGAAAAGGCAGUUGAAAAGACAGCUGAAAAGACAGUGUUGGCGCAAGAUACUUCUAGUGUUACUCUGACAUCAGCUGGAUCUCGAGAAUCUCAGGACAUUCCAAAGAAACAAAAUUAUGUUCAAAUAUCUGUGGAGUCAUAUGCGCGUAUGACUGAGUUGGAGGAAGAAGUUAAGACAAUGAAUGAUCAAGUUACGACUCUAGAUGAAGAAGUUCAGGCAUUAAGAGAGGAAGUUAGUACACUAAAUGAGAAGCUCUCCUUAGCUGAGUCAGAAAUGACUACCAAGGAAAAUCUUGUAAAACAGCAUGCAAAAGUUGCUGAAGAAGCUGUAUCAGGGUGGGAAAAGGCUGAAACAGAAGCUGCAAAUUUGAAAACUCAACUUGAAUCUGUCACACUCUCGAAGCUUACUGCCGAAAAUCGAGCAUCACAUCUGGAUGGUGCUCUCAAAGAGUGCAUGAGGCAGAUCAGGAAUGUUAAGGAUGAACAUGACAAGAAACUGCACGAAGUUAUUCUCAACAAAACAAUUCAGUGUGAUAAAAUAAAGUUUGAUCUUGAAGCAAAGAUAGCUGAGUUUGAUCAAGCACUCCAUAGAGCCUCUGGCGAGAAUGCCGCAAUUUCAAGGUCAUUGCAAGAGCGUUCUAACAUGCUCAUGAAGAUCAGUGAGGAAAAAUCCCAAGCAGAGGCUGAAAUUGAACUUCUAAAGGAAAGUCUUAUGUCAUGUGAAAGGGAGAUCGGCACAAUCAAGUAUGAGCUUCACAUUGCAUCCAAAGAAGUUGAAAUUCGAAAUGAAGAAAAGAACAUGAGUGUAAAAUCUGCUGAAGUAGCCAACAAGCAGUAUUUAGAGGGUGUCAAGAAAAUAGCCAAGUUAGACGCAGAGUGUCAAAGAUUGCGUAGUCUUGUUCGGAAGAAGUUGCCAGGGCCUGCUGCGAUGGCCCAAAUGAAGUUGGAAGUUGAGAGUUUGGGCAGGGAUUAUGCAGAACCUCGAUCACGGAGAUCCCCUGGUCAGAGUCCUAUUUCAAAUAUGGCUUCAGUGCCCGAAAUUUCUCUUGAUAAUGUUCAGCAGUGCCAUAAAGAAACAGAGUUCCUCACAUCACGUUUGUUAGCAAUGGAAGAGGAGACAAAGAUGUUGAAAGAAGCUUUGGCAAAGCGUAACAGCGAAUUGCAGGCUUCAAGAAAUAUAUGUGCUAAAACAGCAAGCAAGUUGCGUAGCUUAGAAUCACAAAUGCAGGUGCUUAGCCAGCAGAAGAACUCCCUGAAGUCAAAUGCGGAGAUUCUUGCAGGAGGCUUCUCAACUCAUAAUGCGAGCAAUCCACCCAGUCUGACCUCAAUGUCUGAAGAUGGGAUUGAUGAAGAGGGAAGUGUUGCAGAUUCUUGGGCGACGGCAUUGAUUUCUGAACUCUCACAUUUUAAAAAGGAGAGAAGUGUAGACAUGGCUAACAAGACUGAAAGUGCUAAUCAGUUGGAACUGAUGGAUGACUUUCUGGAGAUGGAGAGAUUGGCAUGUAUUCCAGCAGACUCAAAUCGUCCACCCUCUGUUUCACCCGAUGUUGUGAACCGUGGAAAUUACCAAUCAGAAAAUCAGCCUAGUCCGGGUUCAUCUAACCAUGUAUCUUUGAGUGAGGAAUUACCAGAAGUAAAGCUUGCAUCCAGUGUAAAUCAGGACCGAUUAUCAGCGCUUCAGUCAAAGAUUUCUGUAAUAUUUGAAUCUGAAUCCAAGGUUGGUGAUGUGGGUAAGAUUUUAGAGGAUAUUAAAAGUGCUGUACAGGAUAUACAACUGUCUCUGUCACAACAUUCUUUAUCAUAUGCUUCGGACAAAGAACAAUCUGCAAAUGUUGGUGGCAACCAGCAGGUUUGUCCCGAAGAUAAAAGUGAAACUGGGGAGAAUGCGGUUUUUUUGCCUCAAAAUAGUAUAUCAGGAACUGGAGUUGAACGAGUGAUAGACCAAGAACUGGCCAUUGCUGUUUCUGAGAUUCAUGAUUUUGUUUUGGCAGUGGGCAAAGAAGUUACAGAAAUCAAUGGCACACCUACUGAUGAGCAUGAAUUAAGUAAAAAAGUUCAGGAUUUCUCGAGCUCUGUUGAUAAAGUUCUAUGCCAAGAAAUAAGUUUGGAUAACCUUGUUCUCGAGCUUUCUCAUGUUUUGGCAAAAGCUAGUGAACUUAAAAUCAAAUUGCUGGGUUACAAGGGAAAUCAUGAAGAAACCAACACUUCUGAUUGUGUAGACAAAAUUGCAUUAUCAGAAAAGAAAAUAGUUCAAGAUGACUCAGUGAGAGCGAAUUUCGCCAAUGGCUGUGCUCACAUAUCUGAUUCAUCGUCUGAUUCUGAGGUUCUUCGAGAAGAAAGUCCAGGCAUUGAUUUGAACAUCACAUCAAGCAAAUGCUCAUUGGAGGAGUUUGAACAAAUGAAAUUAGAUCUAGAGCGUACAAAAUCUCAGUUACAUGAAGCUGAGCAACUUCUGACAGAACUUAGAUUACAAUUAGCAUCUUCAGAGAAGUCAUAUAGCUUGGCGGAAACUCAGCUGAAAUGUAUGGCGGAAGCUUACAAGUCUCUAGAAAAACGUGCACAGGAUUUGGAGGUUGAAAUGAAUCUUCUUCGUGAAACAAAUGAAACUUUGAGCAAUGAGCUUCACGAAGAAAAGGAGAGUCAUCAGGAUGCCUUGGCCAAGUGCAGUAGUCUCCAGGAGCAGAUAGAAAGGAAUGACAGCUGCUCGCGGUGUGAAUCAUCUGCAGUUGAUGAAAAAGACAAAGCCAAACAGGAGAGAGAGAUUACAGCUGCUGCUGAAAAACUUGCAGAAUGUCAGGAAACCAUAUUUCUUCUUGGUAAGCAAUUGAAGUCCAUGCGUCCCCCAUCAGGAAAAACAGCGUCUCCAUUCAAUGAAGAUUUUCUAGAUGAAGUAACUAGCCCCAGAAGCCUCGAGCCUAACAGCAUGUUUAGCUCGCAAGAUUUUGAUGCUGAAAUGGAAACUACUUCUUCAUCGAACGGACCUAGAGCAACUCCUGGAUCCCCACCAAAUCCGUUGGAUGCCUCAUAUGCAUCCGAGACAGAUUCAAACCUUUACUCAAGAUCACCAGUCAGCCUCCCGAAACAUAGAUCUACAAGAUCUUCAUCUUCUUCUUCUUCCUCACUGCCAACACCGGAGAAACAGCCACGUAGUUUUAGCAGGUUCUUUUCAACUAAGACAAGAAGUGCUCAAUAGCAGGCUUAUACUGUUCAUCCAUCAGCGAAAUUACGAGGUCGUUGAGUUAAUAAUUCACUUAAAUGGAAGUUUUUGUAGAUAAAGAACUUUGGUCAGUUUGUGAAGACUCGAGUAUUUUUACUUCUAAAAAACGUAAUCUAACAGUCGAAAGUAUUAGACGACUAAGCCAUGGACAAGGAGUAGGCAACAGGUGUACAUUGCAUGAUGCUGGCAAAAUUUCAAGUCCCACAACAUCUCUGAUUGUGAAUUUGCCAUGUGAAGUAGUUAUGCAUCAUUUUGGGAGCAGUUUUUGAGACCUUAUGCCUUCUCCAGCUUGAUAUUCGCUUCAGAAGGGUUUUUAUAUAGUGAUGGUAUUAGACUAGUAGUAGUAUCUACAGAAAGUCCUCUUGUAGUGUUCUGUUAUGAUUUUCUUUUCUUUUCUUUUCUUUUGUUGGGGUUGGAAAGUGUUUGUAUAUGAUCUUCAUUAUCUUUUCCAUACAUGUUAAUGUAUUUUUUUCCCUUUUUUGAAAGACAAAAAAUGGUUAGUUUGAUUG